AAAGGAGAACCGCAUAUCGAUAUUACGGUACGCCGACUGACAAUCUGUUUCCAAUCAACUUGCAUUUACCACAAAUGCAUUUGAUAAGUGUGGGUGGUUUCUCAAAGCGUGAGUACUUUCAAGGUGGUGUCCAAAAACCAUGGCUCCAAUCCUGCUAGCCCUUUCACUCUUGCUGCAGUUUUUGGUCAUCUUGCCCACCAUUUCGGGGUGGCCAGUCUCUGAUGCUGCAGAUACGUUCGACUUUUUGCUUUCUCGAGACCUCAUUUCAGCCAUUCAAGGCUCGCUGAAGAGCACAGCAGCUGCAUCGGUCCUGCGGCAGCAGAUUAACAAAUACUCGAGAGCAAUUGAUGAGGUUGCCGGGCUUGGCAGCGACUUGCCGGUUUCCAAACGCGCUGCCGCCGCUUGCAAGAUUGCUGAUCUCAUAUUUCCCGGACGUGUCUUUGCGGCGAAUGAUCCGGAGUACCAGUCCGAAGAGGAUUUCAAUUGGUCCCAGACUUGCUGGCUGCCGGCUGCAUGCUUCAUUCAGCUGAGAACAACAGCAGAUGUUGCUGCUGCGUUAAAAGUCAUUCGGCACGUAGGUACGAAGUUCGCCGUCCGAAGUGGAGGCCACAAUCCCAAUUCUGGCUUUGGAAGUAUCGGCGAUUCUGGGGUUCUGCUUGACCUCCACGGUCUCGAUACUCUUUCCUUAAGCGAUGAUGGCAUCCUCCAUGCUGGGCCAGGGAUUACAUGGGGGAAGGCAUACGACUUCUUGGACCCUCAUGGGAUUACUGUAAUAGGUGGCCGGCAUUAUACAGUUGGUUUGCCAGGUUUCCUGCUCGGAGGCGGCAUGACGUUCUUCCCAAACCUCUAUGGUCUUGGCACAGAUAGUGUGAAGAGUUACGAGGUGGUCCUAGCCAACUCAACAAUCAUCGAUGCGAAUGCGCACGAAAAUGCCGAUCUCUGGCGAGCGCUCAAGGGUGGAGGCUCAAACUUUGGAAUCGUAACUCGCUUCGAUAUCGAAACGCAUCCACUCCACAACGUGCAAUACUCUCUCAAUCUCUACGAUCCAUCUGAUUAUGUCAACAUUCUCUAUGCUACCACCCAGGUCCAGAAAGCCAUGGAGACCGACUCUAAUAUCGGCUUCUUCCUCAACGUCAAUCCCACCGUGAUCAUCGCAGGUUUGUUGUAUGCGGAUUGGCCCACAGUACCGCCAAGCGCAUUCAAUGCUUUCGAUAGUCUGAAGUCUUUCUGGGGUCCGUUUAUUCCCACCACAAAUGGCACCAUUGCGACCUUGACUAGUGCUAUAAAUAUUGGAGACUUUCCUGCUAAAAGAGAGCCGUAUGCGGCUAGUACCAAGGUGGACCACGCGCUAUACGUCGACGUUCACGAACGCUAUCUCGAGUUAUUGAAGACAGAUAUGCCGUCAGCAAACUUGUCGUAUACAAUUCAGCCUGUGGCAAAGGCUGCGGUUCAGGCUGGUGAGUACAGGGGAGGCAAUUCGUUGGGGCUGGAAAAGGUGUCGCAGUCUUGGUGGGCACCAUUGGUUGAAUGGUUCGAUGACAGUACUGACAUUGCAGCACACAAAGCCUUAAAUGACCUUGGAAACUCGGUCCAAUCAUUUGCACAAAAGCGCGGCAAGGCACUGAACUACCAAUUCAUGAACGACGGAUCGUACACGCAGAAGAUCUUGGAUAGCUAUGGCACGAGGCAAGUCGACACUUUGAAGAAGGUGGCAAAGAAGUACGAUCCCACAGGUGUGUUUCAGACAUUACAGAAUGAUGGAUUCCUCCUCAGGAGGCUCUGAUGGCUGAGGGUUACGGAUAGGUUGCGAUCUUCCUGGUGGGUGUUGUGGAACGUUAAGUGCCGACAGGAGGAUUUGGGAUUGUGGGUGACACAAGAUGGAUGCAAGAUUGUGCAAGUGGUGGGGAGGCCACGAGUGUGCGCAGGGUGGUGAUUGUGGCUUAAAGGAAGAUUGUGUGUUCGACGAAGUGUGCGUGACUAAAGGUAGCAUCUUUCAGAACAACGCGCUGCAGGCUCCGAACGCUGAAUCCCCAACCCGAUUCAGCAGCUCGCAUCUUGGUG